AUGGAGCCCUCGCCAACAGUGCCGGUAGGGCCGGGGAUUUCAGUGCUGAAGCUGACGCUGGUGGACCAGGAGGGAGAAGAACCAGUGCCGGAGCCACCGUCUACACCUCCAGAGACCGAAGAGCCGCCUGAACCAGAUCCGGAACCGCUAGCACCAGUGGAGCCGCUGCCAGAAGCGCCAGCGCCAGCAGAGCCCGAGUCGGAACCUUCGCCCGAGGCGCCAGCACCGGAGGAGGCUGCGCCAGAAGAACUCGCGCCGGCAGACCCAUACCAGAGGCACCGGCACCGAGAGAGCCAGCACCGGAAGCAUCACCAGAAGCGCUACCAGAGCCACCAAGAUCAGCACCACCGGAGGCACCACCGGAGGCACCUGCGCCGAAAGAACCAGUGCCGGAAACACCGCCAGAAGCGCUACCAGAGCCGCCGAGGCCAGCGCUUCCGCCAAGACCAGCGCUGCCUGAUCCACCAAGGCCGGCAGAUCCAGAUCCAGAAGCACCAGCAGAUCCGGUACCAGAGGCACUGCCGGAAGCACUGCCAGAGCCACCGAGACCAGCGCUACCAGAACCACCAAGGCCAAGGCCACCACCAAGACCACCGCUCAGACCACCGGAGCCGGAACCACCAGCAGAGCCUGAGCCAUAAGCACCGGCAGCUCCAGUACCAGAUGCACCUGCUCCGCCAGUGGCAGUACCAGAUCCUCCGAGACCACCGCUGCCAGAGCCGCCGAGGCCAAGACCAAGACUACCACCAAGGUCGCCGCUUCCAAAGCCACCGAGGCCGAGGCCACCAGAGCCACCACCAGAGCCAGAGCCAGAAGCACCUGCAGAGCCAGUGGCAGACGCUCCACUAG